AUGAGGGGCUGUGGCUGCACUCCCCACCCCUGCAUUCCUACAGGCGUGAGCAGGUUCCAGGAUUGGUUCUUGAUGGCCUCACAGAGAUCUCGUCCUCUGCCCGGCUACCAUGGGCCCCCCACCUAUGGCAGCCUCCUGCUCCUACUGGUCGAGAAAGUCUGCCAGCCAGGGCGAAAGCCCCAAAGGUUGGACGAGAACGUCGUUCUGUAUCAGGAAUGGGAGCUGGACGCCUGCGUGGAUGCAGCGUUGCUGGAGGCCAGCAUGGAUCGUGUGAAUGAGCUGCCCUUCACCUACCAGCAGCUAAGGAUCUUCAAGUGCAAGCUGGACCAGCUCUACCCCCUUGGCUACCCAGAGUCCCUCAUCGGCCACCUCGGCUACUUCUUCCUGGAAAUGACUCCUGAAGACAUCCACAAGUGGAAUGUGACCUCACUGCAAGUUGUGAAAUCUCUGCUCAUAAUCAGCAAAGGGAGGGAGAUGGAUGAACAGGUGGCCAUGCUGGUCAAACGCUACGUGGCAGGAGGUGGCCAUCUGGACCCUGACACAGUGCAAGACCUAGCAACCUUCCUUCCCAUCUACGUGUGCUCUCUCAGCCCUGAGCUUCUGGGCCAUGUGCAGGAAAGUGUGAUCUGGAAAAUCAUGCCCCAGCACCUGGUGGGGUGCAGCCUGCAGCAGAAGGACGCCCUCUACCUUAAGGCCCGCCAGGCCUUCCAGCACUUGAAUGGCUCUGAGUACCUCCUCAAGAUCCAGCCCUACCUGGAUAGGGCCUCUACGGAGGACCUGCGGGAUCUCAUCGGGAGGAACUUGACUGUUAAUGUGACCACAUUGAAGCUGCUCCAACCAGCAGCAGUCAAGCCCCUGACUGUCCUCGAAAUGCAGAGACUUCUGGGCCCAAACCUGCCGGAGCUGAAGGCUGAGACAGGGGCCAGCCCUAUUCGCGAAUGGAUCAUAUCCAAGCCACAGAGCGACCUGGACAAGUUGGGGCUGGGUAUCCAGGGGGGCAUUCCCAACGGCUACCUGGACCUCCACAUCCCAGACUAG